AUGUCAUCACAUCAGCGGCAAUCACGUUUAGCAUUUUCGAGAACAUCCUCAAAAAAAUCAAAAUCCAACAACAAAACAAAGAAUGAUGAAUCCAUCACAGAAUGGAGAAAAUUAUUUAAAGAAUUGGACGAAUUAUUGUUGGAGGGAAUUACAAGCCAAAUCCAAAAUUUAUGUUCAUAUUUUCGGAUGGAAAUUCGGAAACAUGUGGCAAUUACAUCGGAUCAAGAUCAUGAAUUUGAAGAUUUUGAUACAUCGGAAUUACCAACCAUUGAAGAUUUAAAACAAAAAUUUGGAGAUGAGAAUGUCAAGUUGGAACUACCCGAUCAUGUACAGCAAUUACUAGUGGAAUACACAUGUUUACCAGUGUGUCGAAUAAGUGUGGAUCCAACUCCAUCCCGUAAAUUUAGCCUAACGUUUAUUAAUGAAGUAUUAUUCAGACAGUUACAAUUGAACACGGUAUUCUCGGAGAAUGUCAGUGAGUUGUUUUCGAGAGUAAUUCUUCCAUUAUUGUCUUCAGAGAGUGAUGAGGACUAUGGUGCAGAAGUGAUUUCAAAAAAACGGGUGACUCUCAAUAUUAACCAAGAAAAUGAUUUGAUACAACUUAAGAAUGAAAAAAAGAAGCAAUUUAUUGAGUUUUUAAACUCAUAUUUUGCAUCGUUGGUGUUUGUUUGCCAAUACGAAUUGUUGAAACAAUUGAAUGAGUGGAUGUUUUUAUUUUCGACCAAUGUCAAGAUUUGGAUUAUCAAAGCAUUCUUUACCAAGUACAUUACAACAUCGGAGAGUAAAUGUAAACCUCUGAAAGAACUUGCUCAGAAAGUUUUGUCCAAACAUCAAAAAUUGCUCAUACAAGAAGAAGGUUCCUAUGUGAAAUAUGUAACGCAAGUAGAAUUUUUAACAGAUCAAAUUAUCAAUCAGGAUCGAGAAAGAUUGAUAAAUCCACCACAAACGAAGGCUUCAAUUGCCUCUCAGUUAGUUUUAAGAAUAUUAGACAUGGCGGUGAAUGAUUUUUCUCAGGACUUGUCAAAACGUGCUCGCUGUCUUAAAUAUUGCAUUGAUAUUCUAAAAUAUGGUAACCUCUAUUCGAUCAUGGAAACAGAAGACACAAAGAGGAAAAAGAAGCCAUCCUCCUCAAGUGGCAGCAUUAGAGGUUUUUCUCUACUUUUAACAAAAGAAAAUGGAGAGAAAAUGAUGGAAUUGUUAUGGCACAUGCUAUAUGCAUUCAUUGAUCUGUACGAUUCUCCAAAUUAUGAGUUGCAACCAAACAAUGCCCGCAAGCAACUCUUGCAUGUGGGAGCACAAUUAGUGACUCUCUUUGAUUUAAUUUAUCCUAGCGUGCAAAAUAAGGAAGUGACAAAUUACUUUUAUCUCUCGGAUUGCUUUAUACCACUUCUGUUGCGAAUAUUGCGGACCUUAAAUGCACAUUUUGAAAAUAGUGACAUGAAAAACUGCAUAAAGGAAGAAUGCAGAGCUGCCUCGAUUGCUGUGAAAACAUUUAUCAAACACUCGACAAAAACGAGCAACACAUUGGAUGCUUUGCAAUUCUUUAAGGUACAUGAAGAGCCAGGACACUGCAGUAAGAUGAGCAUGAAGAAAUUCCUUUCCGAUAUUUCAGAAGGCCUUCUUUUUGAGUCACUCCUCAACUCCUCAAAACUACUCCUCAAAGAAUCGCUCUCUCAACAGACGACCGAUGAAUUAUAUUACUUUGUGGAGAGAGUGAUCUUGUAUUGGACCAAUUUUUUCUUUUACCUGUACAACGCAUGCUCUUUGGAAAGAAUAGCAAAUCCCAACACGGAGGCUCAUGGCAACGAUGAAAUGAACGAGAGUGCCAAUGGAAGUUUACCAAUAUUCAAAGAAGAGCAGGAUCGAUACCGACAUUUGGACAAGCUAAACGUCAUUUUUGUUCAACUUGUGGAAUGUGCUUGUUUGUGCGAUUACAACCACUUCAUUAACAAAUCACUCUCCACUUCUCCUGCGAGCGACAGAUCCAAUUUUGCUAAGAAAGCUCAAGAUUUGAAUGAGUUAUUGAGAGCUAUUUUGGUGGUUAUUUUUCAAAAGCCAUUCAUAACCAGCUUUUUAUCGACAGAUAAUCAACAUCUAGUUGCGGAGCGACUUGGAAUUAAGGUAACCUUAACAGACUAG